CCAGUUGGAUAAUCGAGAUGGAAGAGACACUCAACAACAGCCGCUGGUCGGUGGUUACGGGGCGUGGGAGGAAGAAGCAACCUUCCAUCUACUGUGUCCCGGAUCGGAUCAAGCGCGGCAACACCGAGGCAUAUCGGCCAAAGCUGGUGUCCAUGGGCCCACUGCACUACGGCGAGGCUGACCUGAUGCCCAUGGAGCAUCACAAGAAGGAGGCCGUCUUGCAGCGCAUCAAGCGCUUUGGGAAGCCUCUAGUGGAGUACGUAGCAUCUAUACAAGAGGUUGUUGAUGAGUUGCUUGGUGAGUACGACAACCUCGAUGAAAAAUGGCGCACUGAACGUAGAGAUGAGUUUGUCCAGAUGAUGGUGAUGGAUGGAUGUUUCUUACUGGAGUCGAUAGAGCGCUACUUCGAUUACCCACCAGGCAACCCCGUCUUCAGUUAUCACGGGUGCCUCACCCUGUACACAGCUAUCCAAUCAGACAUUGUCGUUAUGGAGAAUCAGCUCCCGCUGCUUGUUCUGUAUACACUCCUAGCCGUUGAGCUGGACACAGCCCCGAUGGUUGCAGAGGUCAACACAACAGUACUCAGUUUCUUGGGUUUCUCGUAUGGGGCCAAUUUGGACAGCUUGGGCCUCCACCCUUUGGACUUGUUACAUAAGGGUUUGUGUGGCCCAAAACUCAAUUAUGUUGGCUUACAAUGGGAUAACACCAUGCCUUCUGCCGCAGAGCUUUGUGAUGCUGGCGUUCGUUUCAAGUCGAGCAAAACUCAGUUCAUCAAUGACAUCAGCUUUAAAAAUGGCGUGCUUAGCCUGCCGGUGUUCAAGGCGCACGAUGACACAAACAAGCAUCUUGUGAAUCUGCUGGCCUUUGAGAAGUUAUAUCCAUGCACUGGCCAUGAGGUGCUGUCCUACAUGUGCUUCAUGGACAACCUAGUUAAUACAGGAAGAGAUGUUGAGUUGCUGAGAUCUAAAGGAGUAAUAAAAAACUUGCUUAGUAGUGACGAGGAAUUGGCGCAGCUGAUCACACUACUACAGAAUGAGGCACAGCUUGCUGACCGCCGAUCUGCUGAGCAAGAUUCAUUGGCUGGCCUGUCGGUGCCUGAUUCUAAAAAUUGA